CGGUGUGUGUCGGUCGGUGAGCACAUCGAUCCCGUUACUGCUGAUCUGUAUGUAGGAUUGUCUUUGUGAUUGCUGCAGCUGCCUUGUUUCGGCAAUCGCUUCUACUUGGUGGUGCAAUGGCGGUGCUCAGCUCCCGGGGUGGAGAGGUCGACCUGAUCUUCGAUGACGGCACUCACGACGAGACUAAGGCCCUCACGAGCGGCAUCGUGCGGGGGGAGAUGAGUGCUGAGAAGGCCUCACGGCUCAUCGACACUGGAGCAGACGCCCCAGCCACUGUCACAUUGGGAGGAGGGGGCAUGCAAGGGAAACGGAGCUUGUUGGAGCUGGCCUUCUUCUACCUCGUGUGCAUCUGCAGCGAGUGCCGCGCGGUCCUGCGCAUUCUGGUGGCUGCCGGCGCCAAGAUGAUCCAGCGCUCACCCGGAUGCUCUCUCUCUCCCGGAUGCGCCUGCCGAGCUGCUGGUGUCUCACUGAAGAGCCUGAAGGAGCGAAGAAGGCCGGCGCGGCCGUUGAGCUCUUGUGUACAUGUUGCACAGACAUGUACACAUACAGACGGGACUCACUGUGAACGAUUAUCCGCUGCUGAGUGAGUGUCUCUCUCGCUCCCGUUGUUGUUUGAGUGUCUUUCUCUCUCGCGUUGCCUGAGUCAGUCAUGCCGGCGUUGUCCGUCUGCUGUGUGCCCGGCUGUGUCCGGAAGGCCGGCACCAAAGAGGGCUGUGGCAACAAGUGCGUCAAUCAUGCCUUCCCCUGCAAGACGCACGGCUGCACCAAUGCCCGCAGUAAGGACGGCCUCUGCAAGCGGUGCAACGCGCGGCUCCGUGACAAGAAGGAGGCGGGCCGACCCAAGCACCAUGACCGCAGCACCGGUAAGCUUCUCACGAGUGAGGGAAGACUCGAGAGUGAGACACGAGAGUGAGACACGAGCGACAAUCACGCCUUUUUUGUGUCUCUGUUUGGACAGACGAUUUCUUUCUCGAAGCAAAUCGUGCGGCCGUGGUGGAGCGUGCCAACCAGGCACUCGGCCAUGCCGCACGCGGCCACGAGCUCAAGCACUACGCAAGUGAGCUGAUCAGCGCAUGUCGGUCACUGUUUGUGUCUCACUGUGUGUGUGCAGACAUCAUGCGUCGAGAGAUGGGAGAGGCGAACCCUCGCGACAUCAAGAUCUACCAGAAGCAAGUAACUGAAUGACCGCAGCUGAAUUGAGUUACCGCUUGUGGAUGCUGUCUCAGUCAGCAGCCGUGUCGAUGGCCAUUGCCCGCAGCAAGGCCGACUAUCGCGCCGCACACAAGGAACAAGGCAUCAAGGGGAUCAUCCAGGGCGAGAAGGUCGGAUACACUCUGGGCCUGCGCGUGUGUGUCUGUGCGUAUGUCUGUCUGUCUGCGUAUCUCUGUCUGUGUCUGUCGCUGCAGAAGUGUCGAGAGUGUGGGAUGAAGGUGUGCAUCUGCGGCGAGGAUGUCCAACAGGCCAGGCGUACCGAGAAGGUCAGAUGAUCACAUAUUUCCUCACACAGACGCCUUGACACCUAUUUGAUGGGUGUGAUUCAGCGUUCCAUCGAGUGCAUCACGAUUGAUGACGAGGACCCUCCCGCCAAAGCCCCCAACGUCGGCAAGGAGGUCACACACACACACCUCUAUAUACGUCUGACAUCAUGCCUAUAUAUGCGUGCGACACGUGUGUGUUGUUGUGUGGGCGUUGCAGCCUUCCAUCUGCUACGUGUAUCGUUCCAUCUGCUGCAAGUGCAAGACUACAACCAGCCGACCCGACAAGGUGGUCACACAACACGCACCUAUAUAUCUGUGUGUGCGUGUUGUGUGUGUGAUGUGUGCGACUGGAUGCAGUGUUGCCCGAUUUGUCUCGAGUAUCCCUGCACCUGUGAUGCCGAAUAGCCCCACAAACGAUACACACCCAACCCUCAUCGACGUGGUACGACACCCC